AUGCCCAAAAAAACGAAAGGAGGAGGCAGCAAGACUGCCAAUGCAGAGGACGGAGAAAUGACGAAUCUCCACCUCGACACCAGACCCUUAGAACCGCUGGUACUUGACAAUGAUGUUGCCAAGAUGAUGCAGAAGUUGGAUACCCAGGUCGGCAAAUGCAAAGCGGGAGUUGCAUGGAUCAAUAUACUCGCACUCAGCAAGAGAUUGAAGUUUGGGACCUAUAAUGAUAGGGCCGAGAACGAAACAGAAACUAACAAAUUAGUGACGUCUUUUCGCGAUGGGAUCAUGUCCAUGAAGGACCAGACAGCGAUUCCGAUCAUCAUCGAUAUCGCACGCAUCAAAAAUGCAGACUCGUUGUCGAAGGAUUUCCUUGAUCCGGGGGACGUACCUGAACUCGAACUCGUCGACAAAGACCCUAUCGUGGUCGCAUCGGGACAGCACCGACUUGCUGCCUUAGUGAAAUUCAAACAACAGCUAGACGAUGAGUUCAACGUACUGGCGAAGAAACGGGAUAAAUUUAGGGCCAUGGACAAAAUAAGCGCGGACCAAAUGGACACGUACAACAAGGUCCAGUUCGAUAUGCGCGUCAUCAUGGGGAUCACGGAGAGUGUUGGAAAAUGGGGGGUGGUCGUAUAUAAUCAAAGGAAACUGUUAGCGAAGGGUAACGAUGACCUGGCUACUCAUCUGAGUCGCAACAAUGCAUUGCCCGAGUACGGGGAGACCGACGAAGAGGUCAUAAUAACUGCGUUCAAGAGGAUGUUAGUAGCCUACGACGCGGCACCAGAAGAGUCGAAACGUGAUGCAGCAACCAUGGCCCUCGUCGAGGUACGGACCACCGGGAAGAAAAACGCACGUAUUCAGAAGGUGUUGCACCACGAAAUGUUAUGCGUGGUGCUCGCAACCCAGCUGCUCAAGCUAGGCCCGCAUUUUCGUCGAAGGCGAGAGUUCACGGUGACAUGGCUGUUCACAUCGAUUGGGAUCUGCAUGGGACUCUACAUUACGUUAAUCAAAAUUCGAUGCGGACUCCUGCAAUUGCUCUCUUCUCGCAAAGAGUUCCCAUCGUACAACAUCAUCAUUCGGUUGCUGCGGGACUCCGAAAAAGGUAACAAGGAAGCCACCAAACAACUCGCGACGUUGCGCGAAUCAAUGAGGACCUGCAAAGAGAACGAGAAGGGCGACCUGUCGACGUGGAUGGAGGUUAUCGGGAGUUUGAACGAACACGCGGAGGCAGUCUUUACGGGGUACGAAGACAUCAUUGAGGAAAUGACGCCUGCAUAUGUGACCACGUUAAGUAUAUAUCGAGGGAGCGUGAUACGCACCUUGAGAGACAUGUGGUCCUUGUCGAAGAAGAGCGAAGACGAGAUAAAAAGUAACGACAUCUUGAAAAGUCUUGAUAGGAUCGUCGCGCGUGUGACCCUGCACCUGACUCCGGAGCUGGGAGCUAAACAUGCGCCAGAGCCGAUCCUGGGAGCAUGGAUGAUGAAUUAUAUCUGGGAAUAUCUCAUCAGGACACAGGUUGGCAUUGUGGAGAUAUGUCAUUGGUUCGAGCCUCUGCUCGAUCAUUUCCGUCGCAUCGGUGGGAGACAGCACACGAUGGACGACUGGUCUACGGUCAUGAUGUCGAACAUCGUGAAGGACCAACGAAUCGUAGAACCCGAUGCAGAUAUGGCCGUCGCAGAAAUCAUAUGGACUUACAGAAAAUCGUUUGUCAUGAGGCUGAACAAUGUGAUGCUCAACAUCGCACCUCAGCUCCCACCACGACCAAAGGACAAAGGCACAUUUGAUGACGCCGUCGCGAAAAUGGGAGAAAACGAGCAGGUCUUGUACCAAGCUUUGCAUAACAUAGUGAUGAAGAGAAAGCAAAGGAACGUCAUCAAUCCGAAGAACAUUGCAGGGGAGGCACGUACCAUUGCCGGCAUUAUGGGCCUGCACGUCACAGCUUGGGACUGGGCAUCUCCGUCCAUCAAAAACAAUACGCGAGACCUGCUUCCCACCCUGCAGGCCAUCAUUCUGGAGCGGACGCACAUGCAGAGCUAUCGUCCAAAGCUAUUGUCGGAGCCGUGGGUCGGUGCGCUCCGAAGACUCAUUGAGAUGGCCCUCGCGCAGUAUGUUCAACCCCUGCAGACAAUUGGACGAUCCGGGUUAGAGACGACUGCAGAAUGGACUUGGUGGGACGAGCUCACCAUCAGCGACAAGCAGGCAGAUCCUCAAGCUAUCAUUGAUACACUCGAAGAUGAGUCUGUGCAAGAGCAACACAAACUUGAAGAACGACUCACGCUCAAACAAGCUCAUACGGACGCGAUCCAGAAACUUAUCAACUAUGUCGCAAAUCUACCGUGUGCUAAGUCCUCGUCCUCUUCGGAUGCUCUGAUAUCAGCAGAUGUUUCGAUAGGCCUGGAAUAUUUGCUCCGGGCGGUGUUCUUGAACACAUCUAGAGCUCGAGUUCGAGAAAUGUGGGACAAUCCAAAUAAGAAGUUCAAUGUCAGCACUGAUGUCGAAGCACUGGACAUCAUUUUCCCACAAUGUGAAGCUGACAAAUUCACAACGGGAUACGACGAUGAUUACGAGGAUCCAGAAGACCACGCGGAAAUGGAAUUCAAGAACCCACGGAACAAAGGGAAGGCAAAAGAGAUCCAAGUCUCUGACGAAGCUGACGUCCCUCCUACCAUUCGACAAACACCUGCUUCCGGUUCCAAGCCUCCUGUGUCUAACGUUCCCACUACUGUCGACGGUCAGCCGCGUCCUGUACCUAAACCUCGUCCUGUGCCUCGCAAAACGCACAAUGCACCUUCCACGUCUGAGGUAACCGUACAUCCAUCCUCCGGUCAACACGACAAGGAUCCCAACGUUGAGUCUGAGGCAUCUGCCAAUGACCAGACGCGUUCAUCCACACCCGCCGUUGCCACGGUUGCCCACACGGGUGAUAUGUCAGUACAAUCAGGGGUGUGA